AUGGCGCUGUCCACCAGCCGGCACCAAAGAGGGCGAGAGGAAGCUGAGUGCAGCGGGAAGAAAAUGUCAUCGCGCUCAGACAGUGGUAGUGGGGAAGACUCGUUAGAUCGGCUCCUGCCUGGCUCUCCUAUCACGGCUCCACGCAGGAAAAGCACAUCCCAGACUAAGACAGAGCCUCCCCUGCUUCGCACCGGCACACGCACCAUUUACACAGCCGGCAGACCCCCCUGGUAUGAUGAGCACGGUGCACAGUCCAAAGAGGCCUUCGUCAUCGGGUUGUGUGGGGGCAGUGCUUCAGGGAAGACCACGGUGGCCAAUAAGAUCAUUGAGGCUCUGGAUGUCCCCUGGGUAGUGCUGUUGUCCAUGGACUCCUUCUACAAGGUUCUGACCCUUGAGGAACAGACCCUGGCAACCAGUAACGACUACAACUUUGACCACCCAGGGGCGUUUGACUUUGAGCUGCUAGUUGCCACCGUUAAGAGACUCAAACAGGGCAAGAGCGUGAAGAUCCCAGUGUAUGACUUCACUACACACGGCAGACAGAAAGAUUGGAAAACUGUGUAUGGUGCAAGUGUGGUCAUCUUUGAGGGGAUCAUGUCCUUUGCAGACAAAGAGCUUUUGGAGCUCCUAGACAUGAAGAUCUUUGUGGACACUGACUCAGACAUCCGGCUGGUACGUCGGCUUCGCAGGGACAUCACAGAGCGCGGGCGGGACAUCGAGGGGGUCAUCAAGCAGUACAACAAGUUUGUGAAGCCUGCGUUUGAGCAGUACAUUGAACCCUACAUUCGACUGGCAGACAUCGUUGUGCCACGAGGUGGUGGUAACAUGGUGGCCAUUGACCUGAUUGUCCAGCAUGUCCACAAGCAGAUGGAGGAGCGUGAGCUCAGUGUCAGGGCGGUCCUGGCCUCGGCCCAGCAGACUCAGCCCCUCCCCCAGACCCUCAGUGUGUUGGAGGGUACGCCUCAGGUUAAAGGCCUGCAUACCAUCAUCAGGAAUCAGGAGACCAGUCGAGACGAGUUCAUCUUCUACUCCAAGAGGUUGAUGCGCCUCCUUAUUGAACAUGCUCUAACAUUCCUGCCCUCUCAGCCAUGCACGGUACAGACCCCACAGGGCCAGGAGUAUGAUGGGAAGAGAAGCUUCAGUGGAAAAGGGAUCACAGGUGUGUCUAUCCUGCGGGCAGGGGAGACCAUGGAGCCUGCUCUGAGGGCUGUGUGUAAGGAUGUCCGCAUCGGCAAGAUCCUCAUCCAGACCAACCUGGACUCAGGAGAACCAGAGUUGCAUUACCUGCGUCUGCCAAAAGACAUCAGCGAAGACCAUGUCAUUCUAAUGGACAGCACUGUGUCUACAGGCGCUGCAGCCAUGAUGGCUGUACGGGUCCUAUUGGACCACGAGGUGCAGGAGGAGAACAUUGCGCUGGUCUCUCUGCUCAUGGCAGAGUUGGGGGUGCACUCGGUGGCCUACGCCUUCCCCAAGGUCAAAAUCAUCACCACAGCUGUGGACAAGAGUGUUGAUGACUUCCUGCAAGUCAUUCCAGGGAUUGGGGACUUUGGGGACCGCUACUUUGGGACAGAUGGUGGAUCAUCAGGCUGGAGUGACGAUGAGGAACAGGAGCGCCCCAAACAACAAACAUGA